AUGAUUGUCUUCCUAACAGUGCUCAUCGUUGUCGGAGCCCUCGGUAACCUCCUCGUCUUCCUCGUGUACCUCAAGCAGUUUAAGGCCAGUGCCACGCGCGUGUUCGUUCUGGGAAUGGCCGUCUGUGAUUUCCUGACCAACGUCCUGACAUUGCCAUGGUCCACCUACGAAGGUAAAUAUGCAUCGGGUAUUUGGGAUUGUCGUAAUGGGUUACUUCAUCGUCGGGUUUGGCCUGCUGACGAUUUGCUACGUACAGAUAUAUAUCGCAUCUACCAACAGAAGAAGAGGCUUCUUCGUGCUGGACAAGGAGUAACGAAUAAAUGCAAAUUUUUUGGUCAACAAAACGUCCACACGGAGAAACGCAAAGGUACUGCCCUCGUUAAGACUCCAGCGGUAUCACGUGACCAAGGAGUGUUUAUCACGUCUGAGUCCUCAGACUCCUGCGCGAGCGAUGGGACUAAAGAAAGCAGUUGCAGCCAAAAUGUCGAGAAUAUCGCUGUGACCGACUUCACAACCAAUCAGAAGCAAGAAAAACCGUGUGAUGUGUCAGACGCCAGAGGAUGUACAGCUGUGUCAGAAGAUGUCGCGAAAUCUUUAAUCGUCACUACAACCAUUGGCAGUCCAAACAGAAACGAUGAAGAUAAAAGUCGUGAAGAAGACACAUCGAGGUCCUUUGCCCACGGACGACAAAGUGUAGAACAAGGACAGAAGAGGAAACCAUUUAUGUCCAGAACGACACUCAUGAUGUUUGUCCUGACCGUCGCAACCUUGUUGUUCUGUGUCCCGCCGAACUUCGCUGUUAUGUUAGCGAAUGUGCAAUACCGAAGUGUCCACAACAGCUCCUGGAAGAUCAACCUGUACUUCCUGGCCCGCUUCAUACCUACUCUCAACAGUGUCAUCAACCCUUUCAUCUACAGCUUUUGUAACCCAAAGUUUCGUCUACAGUGUCGUAAUUUGUUUACUAAAAUGCGUAACGCCUUCUGUCGAAAAACUUAUUUCUAGCAAACACUAUUAAAAAUAAAUCCUGUCCAUUUUGUUGUUUGAAAAUUCCACGAUGGGAGUUUCACGAGGUCAUUUCUCCAUAGGCCCAUAACCUUUUGACCCCAGUCCUCUUAAAGUAAUUAAGACUGUAUUGAGGAAAACUUAGGCUGUGUUUGUAACAUCUACACUACACUAAGACCGAUGUAAAAAAAAAAGUUCAUAAAAAGACUGCUUUGUAUCUGAGAACCUGUAAAUCUGCUUUCGUCUAAGUUUGUUUCUUGUAGAUUGCUUUAACACCAUUAUAAGCACUUUCUCAUACAAAGUCUGUUUAUAUUACCGAACCCUUCUGUAAAUCUCACAGCCUGCGGACUCACGUGUUGUUCACACUGAACGAAGGCGCGGAAUCAAAACAAAACA